AUGUCGAGGACUGUCUCAACAGGCUCAAUGAAGCCGAGACCCUCUGCUCUUUCCACAAAAUCCUUUACUCGUUACGAGCCUCCCGCCUCCUCCUCUUCGACGGGAAGAAAUAGAGCUAGCACCAUCCAGUCCAUCACCUCUCUAAAAUCCCCCAAGAAACAGGAUGCUUCAGAAGACAUCUUUGAAAAGCCUAUAAAUGAGGAGGACGAACCUCCAUCUCCAGAUCUUGACCGGGCCAACAGCCUUCCCGAUCGGUUUGAUGAAUUGCCCAUAGAAUUGGCAAGCUUGACGGACAGAUUCAUUGAGUCUCUCAGUGCUAAAAUAUACAAUGAACCACCGACAAUCGACCAGUUAUCAGAGUUAUUUCAGGAAUUUUAUGCUCGAGCAUCGGGUGCAAUCUCUAUCCACAUUUCCGCCCUCAAAUCACGUCUCAACCGGGACCAUUCUCCAAACCCCUCUAAACCCUCCUCACGAUCCAGACCUCUGCAGAACAAGCCCUCAAGCGAUUCCCUGGCGCCGUUGGACCAAAGGGGAGGCUCUCAGAUGUUGACAGCUUCAGAGGUCACGGAAAGACGCAAGCAGAGGAGACUGUUAGAAUACAAGAGGAUUGUCCUAGAAGAGGCAGUAGAGAAAAGAGUCUGCGAGAAGGUCUAUGACAAGAUAUGGAGACAUAAAAGUACUCUGGAUGAGGUCAGAGACGAGAAGCUGAGAUCAAAAACGGCAGCAUUGGCACUGGUAGGGAUAGGUCUGAAAGAUUUGGGCAUUGAAUGGAGUGAAGACACCGAAAAGUCGGUCGAAGACGUUCAAGCCUCACUGGCUCCUGCGCGAGAGAGCCUGGCUAGGAUGAACGAAGAACACUAUCCGCUAGGGAAAUUACAGCACCUCACCACUGCCCAUAAAGCAGUCGUCGAUACCUUGUACUCCAUCCACCCUUCCUCAUCCUCUGCCGACGAAAUCUUGCCAACUCUGAUCUAUGCCUUGAUCACGUCCCCGGUUGAGGGGAUCAACAUUAUCAGCAAUCUUUACUUCAUCCAGCGAUUCAGAGCGGCACCUAAGAUCGAUGGCGAGGCCGCCUAUUGCCUCACCAACCUGGAAGCUGCAAUUACCUUUCUGGAGGAUGUCGAUCUCGCGAGUCUGAGGGCAGAUGAAAUGCCAGAAGGACCGAAGAAGGCCCCGUCCCAAUUAGAAGGGAGUGUGGCCUCAGAUAAGCUUGAAGCCUUUCCUCUGUUGCCAGAAUCCGUCCCUGCACCGUUGACUGCCACAACAGCCACCUCAACGUCUAACGCUACGGGCACGACAAUCGAAACAAGUCAAGCUUCCUCAAUCAUCAGAUCCACUCCCGAAAAGCCCACGCCUGCUCCCGUAACCCGACACCAGCGUACACUCUCGGACCUUCUGCAGCCCAUAAGCAGCGCGAACGAGGCCGUUCGCUCCACAGCAGAAGAAGGCUUCAAAAACAUAUCGAAUACCCUAGAUAACAGCUUUAAAUUUCUCCUUGGCAAGUUGAAGGAACGAGGCAAUGAAGGACCCAACACUGAAAUCAUUCUCCCCAAGACGCUAGACGAAGCGAGGCAACUUGUCAGUCGACCUUUGACACCAGACGAAGAUGACCAUGCUCUCAGCGAAUCAAGUUCCUUACAUGAUGGGCAGAGUAGCCCUAUGCCAUCCAAUCUGACGAAGACCGAAGAAAAGUUACUAGGCUUAUUAGGGGGACGAAAAGCAGCGGACCGAGAGCGAAGUGUUGACAGCAUUAAGAGCAAUGGAAGCGGCACCGGGAAAAGACUAGGCUUUCUUUCAGGGAACACAAGUUCGCCUCCGAAUGGUCCUGCUGCAGCGACAAGCGGGUCUGCACAAAAGCCAAUGCCACCAGCGACGCAACCGACGCAACCGACGACCAGCAACCCGCUGGAAACGGUAAAGAAUUUCGGUAAUAGUCUCAAUCCCAUGAGCCACAUAGGUUCUGCGUUUGGCGGUGCGUUUGGAAUUGGACGGUUUGGUGGCAGGUCGCCCGCUGCAUCAGCUUCUCCACCGGCCGCACAGACUCCUUCUACGCCAACGAUAGUUGUGGCCCAGGGAAACAAGAAAGAUUCGGCUGAGGAAAAGAAUAAGCUCAUACACGAGGCCCUCCUGCGGUCGCCAGAUAAUAACGAAUUGGUGGCUAUUAAGGCCGUGCCUCCCAUCUCACGAUUCAUGAAAAUGGCUGAUGCAAAGGAGUUGAAGCUUGGCGAGGUGCAGGAAUUACUUGCAGAUUACCAGCGACUGGCGAAAGUGCUGGGGAAGCUGGUGGUCAAGGCGCAGGACGAGGCCGAGAUGGAGGUGGGCGAGGCAAGUGACACUGCAGAAGCUGGGAGACAUGCAACCACAAGCGAGAAAAGCAAGUCUUGA